AUGGAAACAGAAAGUUCUUUAAGAACGAGGACAAACAGAUUCGCUCCGUCCACGAAGAACCCCACCCCCAAGUUCCGUAAUGAUAAAAAGCAGAAUUUCAGGCCAUCAAGUUCUUACUCUCAGGAUAGUAUGGGUCAGUUGAAUUAUACUAAUCCGAUAUGCAGUAAGUGUGGUAAGAAACACCCAGGUGAGUGUCGUAUAGGUAUGGAUAUUUGCUAUGGUUGUGGCCAGAGGGGCCAUUUUCAGAGAGAUUGUCCGUCAGCUAGGCAAAGUACUGGAGGUAACGUUGCGCAGUCCAUAAAUUCAGCAGCUCCUCGUCACAAUCAGGCCCAGCAGGGGCGUGGAAAGGCAAGGUCCGCCAAUACAGGCGGUAGUCAGAACCGCUUGUAUGCAUUGACGGGUCGUCAGGAUACAGAGGCUAGAGCAGAUGUUGUCACAUGUACACUCACAAUUUUCACUUUUGAAGUAUAUUCCCUUAGUGACCCAGGAUCCACCUUAUCUUAUGUAAUCCCUUUUGUUACUAAAAAGUUUGAUAUUGAACCAGAAAAAUUGCAUGAACCCUUUGAGGUGUCCACCCCAAGCUGGGGAACCGCCUAUAGCUAG